AUGGGUACCGAUCUCAGCGUGGCGGGUCUGUCGACGACCAGCGAGGCGAAGCGCGGCUACCAGCUGCCGUCGCCCAUACGCCGACCUCCAAACGCAUCCAUGCUGUUCCCGCAGGAGAAGAGGCGAUCGGUGGCCGCCGAGAAUCCAAACGAAAACAACCAGCGUACCGGCAGCCGCCUGGGCAAGCUGUGGCGUUCCCUCAGCGCCGAUGACGACGACGAGCUUUGCCAGCGCAAGGCAGCCGAAGUUGCCGCCGACCACGAAAAGAGAUACUCCGAUUAUGACUACAAUCCGCGGGAUGCCCACCAGCCGCCAAGCUCGAGAACGACAAUUCCGAGGACAGGAGCGGCGGUUGUCCUUCUUCGAAGCAUCGUGGAGUUCCAGCAGUAA